UCCUUCGUCUUCGGCAAUAAUUCAAAGCACUACUAAUGGAGGACUCUUGUCAGAGUUCUAAACACUGUGUUCUUCUGGCAAUUUGUUUCUUUUUACUCCUCGAUAACUCGAGCUUUGUUGCAGACGCCCAUGGCGAUACCAAGGUUUAUAUCAUUUAUAUGGGUGAAAGACGCCGUGAUGAUCCCGAAUUCGUUACCACCUCACAUCAUCAGAUGCUCGAAUCCUUUCUUGGAAGCAAAGAAGAAGCACUUAAAUCCAUUGUCUACAGUUUCCGCCAUGGCUUCUCUGGCUUUGCAGCUGAGCUUACUCCCUCCCAAGCAAUGGAGAUUUCAGAGCACGAAGAGGUUGUCCAUGUCAUACCGAGUCGGAUCCAUAAGAUAAAAACGACCAGAACCUGGGAUUUGUUAGGUCUUUCUCCAUCUCCAACUUCUCCUAAAGCUCUCUUACAUGACACAAAUUUCGGAAGUGAAGCCAUCAUCGGUGUCAUCGACACAGGGGUGUGGCCAGAAUCUCCGGUUUAUAACGAUAAAGGGCUUGGACCGAUCCCGAAACGGUGGAGAGGACACUGUGUAUCUGGAGAAAGCUUCAAUGGCGGAGUUCACUGCAACAAGAAACUCAUAGGAGCCAAGUACUACAUCGAUGCCCUAAUCAGACAGAUCGGUGGACAUUACAACAGAACUGAGGUUCCAGAUUUCCUGUCCCCUCGAGACACUAACGGCCAUGGCACGCAUGUUUCCGCCAUAGCCGGAGGCUCGUUCGUGCCUAAAGUUAGCUACUUUGGCCUUGCCCGAGGAACCCUCAGAGGCGGAGCUCCUCGGGCUAGGAUCGCAAUGUAUAAAGCCUGUUGGAAUGUGAUGGGAGAUUCCGGAGAUGCGGUCGGGAAAUGCACGACCGCGGAUAUAUGGAAAGCUUUCGAUGAUGCUAUACAUGACGGAGUUGAUGUCCUGUCUGUUUCCCUCGGCGGUUCAGUUCCUCUGGACGGGGAAGUGGAUCAACUUGACAACGUUGCGGCUUUCCACGCGGUGAAAAAGGGCAUUCCUGUCGUGUGUGCGGCUGGAAACGAUGGGCCGAACGCUCAGACGGUGGUUAAUGUCGCUCCAUGGGUCUUGACAGUGGCUGCAACCACUCUUGACCGGUCGUUUCCUACGGCCAUUGCUCUCGGGAACAACCAGACGAUCUUUGGAGAAGCUCUACACACAGGACGGGAAUUUUCGGCUGGUCUGAUUCAUAUUGCAGAUGCAGAGGAUAGAAAGGUCGACGUAAAAGGGAAAAUGGCGCUGAUAUUCGAUACCGAGGACACGAAAAAUCUCAUUCCUUUGGCAAGACUGGGCGGUGCCUCUGGCCUUAUUCUAGCGCAGAUGGCCAAUGACGUUCUCACUCAAUGUCCAGCUGAUUUCCCCUGCAUCUUCGUAGAUUACGAACUCGGAACCGAUAUUUUAUUCUACAUACGUUCAGCCAGAUCACCGACAGUAAGAAUAAGCCCGUCCAAAACACUUGUCGGACGACCUGCGACUACUAAGGUCGCUGCAUUUUCGUGUAGAGGACCUAAUUCGAUCUCCCCGGCCAUUCUCAAGCCCGAUAUAGCGGCCCCUGGUGUCGGAAUUCUAUCAGCUCUUAGCCCAGACAAUGACAAAGCCGAUAACGGAUUCGGCAUGGAAACAGGCACAUCAAUGUCGACCCCUGUAAUAUCGGGAAUCGCUGCUCUCCUCAAAGCUCUACACCCUCGUUGGUCCCCUGCAGCCAUCCGAUCGGCCAUGGUCACGACAGCUUGGAGGACCAGCCCUUCAGGCGAGCCGAUCUUUGCAGAAGGAUCGUCUAAGAAGCUUGCUGACCCGUUCGACUAUGGAGGAGGACUGGUGAAUCCAGAGAAAGCUGCGAAACCCGGCCUUGUCUACGACAUGUUCAUGUCGGAUUACGUUCAUUACUUGUGUUCCACGGGUUACAACGAUUCAUCGAUCUCUAAUGUCGUUGGGGAAACAGUGACUUGCCCAACUGAUCGGAAACCAUCGAUUCUCGACGUGAACUUGCCCUCGAUCACGAUUCCCGACAUCAAGGACGAGGUUCUUGUCAGAAGAACGGUAACGAACGUCGGACCGGUGAACUCUGUGUAUGAAGCUGUGAUCGAGCCUCCUCUCGGCAUAAACGUCGAGGCGACUCCGAAGAAACUGGUCUUCGAUUCGAGGAACAAGAGAGUUACGUUUGUGGUGAAGAUUUCGACGAGGCAUGAAGUGAACACUGGUUACUUGUUUGGAAGCCUUACUUGGACAGAUGGAGUUCACGAUGUCAGAAUUCCUCUGUCUGUGAGGACAAGAAUUCUGAAACAUUACAACUGAUCUGAAGAAAAGAAGAAGAUUCAUGAGUUUAUUAAUGUAACUCAGACUAAAAUUCCAAUAAUAGCUAUAAUGGCAUCCGUCUGUUUUCUUUUUUAAA